AUGGCGCGGACUUCGGAGAGGCGGCCUUCGCUGGAGCUGCCGCCGCGCCGGGGCGCCUGGGCAGAGGACGACCGGAGCGGCCGGCGGCCCGAGGAAACUGAGACCACGGAGGCCACGAUGGCUAAAGAGCCCGUGUCCCCAGUCGUGAAGGACGACCUAACUUCACAUGGCUCCGCCGAUGAGCAGACGGUUCCGGACGUGUUCAAAGAAAGGAGGGCAGCGCUGGAAGACGAGGCGCGGAAAGCCGAAGCCUACGAGGAGGCCCUCCGCGCGGAAGAGGAGCAGCUUGGGGCCAAGGCAGUGCAGGUGAUUAAGGCAAUGAAGAUGGACAUGCAGAGCUUGGACGCGCGCCGCCAGGUCAUGCACAGCUGGAUAUCAUGGUCAGGGUUCGACUCGGCCGUGGGCGUGGUGAUCAUCGCCAACGCCGCAACCAUCGGGCUGGAAACGCAUUAUGCCUCACUGGGCUGCACCUCCGGAUCUUGCCAGCCGAUUCCCACAUGGCUGGUGGUUGUGGACAAUGUCUUCUUCGCCGUGUAUGUCGUUGAGUUUGCUCUGCGGUUUUUCGUCUAUGGGCGGGCGGUCAUCAAGAGUAACUGGAUCAAGUUCGACAUCUUCCUCAUCGCCAGCUCCACGCUCGACUUGAUCUUGAGGCCCGUGCAGCUUGAGAGCGAGCUGCUGGAUCAGGUGAUGGUGGUGCGCAUGCUGCGCCUCGCGCGGCUGGCCCGAGCCGUACGCCUGAUGGUGCAGUUCCAGACGCUUUGGCAGUUGGUGCAAGGCCUGAUGCACAGCCUAACCACCCUGUUAUGGACUUUUCUGCUGAUCAUGAUUCUGAUGUACAUGUUCGCCAUCCUCGGUAUGGAGGUCAUCACCAUUGACACAAGCCCAGGGGCAGAGGCCUACAACGCUGUCGCUGCUGCCAACUUCCGCUCCUUUCAGGAUGCCAUCCUCACGCUGCUCCAGAUCUUUAGCCUGGACAGCAUCGGUUCCAUCUAUCGGCCCUUGGUCAACCACCGAAUGUUCUUGUUCUUCUAUUUCAUCAUCGCCAUCCUGGUGCUGGCCAUCGCGCUGCUGAACUUGGUCACCGCUGUCAUGGUGAACACAUCCUUGGACCAAGCGUCCCAGGACAAGGAGGCAAAGAAAGCCUGGGAGGCGGCGAAGCGAAAGAAGGAGGUGGAGCAACUGAAGCGCCUCUUUGCGGAGUUCGAUGAGGACGGCUCCGGAGAGCUCACGCUCGAAGAGCUGGAGUCUGCUCCCGAGGAGCUCCUUGGGGACCUCAAGGAGAUCAGCGGCAUCGACGAUGUGGAGGAGCUCUUCAACCUCUUGGACUACGAUGGCGGUGGCGCCAUUGACACCAACGAGUUCUGUGACGGGAUCCUGAAGGUGGCCGGUGACUCACGGAACAGCGUGGAGAUGGGUCGGCUGAUGAAGCAGUGCAAUGAGAUCCUGUCCAACACCAACUCCCUGAUGGAAUCGAUCAAGGUUCCAGAGGAAAGUUCGAAGGGUCGCGGACCUCGCGGAUCUCGCUUCACGCUGGACGACAGGCAAGGGCCUGGGCUCACCGAGCGCGUGGUGAAGCUCGAGAACGAGGUGUGUCGUGUUUGUGAGCCUCAGAAGGACGGAGCAGUCUUGAAUAUCUGCUCCUGUCCCCUGUUCCGGCGACAUCCGUCAGCGAGCCCCGACCCGAAGAAGUACAUCCCUCCCGUGUCGCUGGCGCGGCGCGUGGCGCAGGAGAGGAUGGAGAGGAGCUCGUCGGCAGCGGUGGGCCAUCAGAUCCGCUUUGACUCCAACCUCUCGGAGAAGACGCGCAUCCUGUUCGUAACUGAAGGGAUCCUGCUGCGCCGCUUGGAAUCCGAUCCGGAGGUCUCCGAUUUCGAUGUCAUCAUCGUCGACGAGGUUCACGAGCGACACCUGGUGGUGGACUUCGUCCUGGGCAUCCUCCAUGAGGUGGCCCGACAUCGGCGGCCAGACUUGAAGCUUGUGCUGAUGUCUGCGACGCUGCAGAAGGAUCUCUUCAUCCGGUACUUCGACCUGCCAGAGUCCGCGGUGGUUGACAUCCCAGGCCGGAUGUACCGCGUGGAAGUGGAGCAUCUGCCGCAGAAGGACGAGCCUCUCACCAUCCGCACCGACGUGGUGCAAAGAGGCAAGAAGGGAAAGACUCAGUUCGACUGCGAGCCGUUCCUCCAAGUGCUGCGACGCAUCGAGGGCUCCUUGAGAGACGAUGAGAGGGGAGACGUGCUGAUCUUCGUUCCUGGCGCCUACGAGAUCGAGGCCCUCGUGGGCGCGGUGUCUGAGAUGGCCGCACGCACGCGGAGGUGGCUACCACUGCCGCUGCACUCACAGAUGCCGGUGGAGUCACAGGACAAAGUCUUCGGAAUCGCACCGCAAGGCGUGCGGAAGGUGGUCAUCGCCACGAACAUCGCGGAGACGUCCGUCACGAUCGACGGGGUCCGCUUUGUCAUCGACAGCGGCAAGAUGCGAGGCUUGGACGUCGACGCAGCGUCGGCCGUGCGGCACCUCUCCGAACGCUGGGUCUCUCAGGCGGCAGCCGAUCAGAGGAAAGGCCGCGCCGGUCGAACGGGACCCGGGCGGUGCUACCGGCUCUUCUCCGAGAGGCUCUUCGGCGAGCUGGAGCGCUACACACAGCCUGAGGUGCACCGCGCAGCCCUGGAGGGGCCGCUGCUGCAAGUGAUGGCCCUGGGCAUGGACUUGCACCGCUUCCGCCUGCCGGAGUCUCCUCGAGCUGAGGCGGUCGCGGCGGCACUUCAGCGGCUGCUGCUCAUGCGCGCAGCCAUUCCCCUCGACUGGCAGGCCCUCGGCAUGGCGCCGCCGCAGGCGCGUGAGGGCGCGGCACUGGUGGCUGCCGACGCGCCGGAGUCCAGGGCCGGGGGCUGGCUCUCCGGCUUCGGCCUGCAGCAGACAGAGGCGACCCUGAGCGCGCUGGGCCUGGACGCCUUCUCCUCGACGCCGCAGCACUUGCUUGCGCUCACGCCUCUAGGGCGCGUGCUCUCCCGGAUGCCUCUGGACGUGGGCAUCGGCAAGAUGCUGCUCCUGUCGCUCGUCUUCCAGGUGCAGGGCAGCGCUGUGGUUCUUGCGUCCGCAGUGGGCUUGCACUCGCCCCGGCUGCAGAAGCAUGGCGAGCGGGGAGGCGGCCGCUGCAAGUUCGACCACAAGCGCGGAGACCUUUUCACCACGCUGAGGGUGUAUCAGACCUGGCUCCACGAGCGCUCCCGACGUGAGGGUGGUAGCGACUCCCGCUCCAGGAAAUGGUGCCGGGAGCAUGGCCUGGACGAGCGGCUGCUUUUCGAGUUGAACAAGAUGAACGUGCAGCUCUGUGAGAUCCUCCGUGAUGGCGUGGGUCGUGUGGAGGGCAGCGGCCGCAAGAUAGGGUCGCUGAUGCGAAAGAAGCGGAUCAGCGACCUCGAGGAGCGCAUGGGUGGUGCGAAGUUGUCGAGCGAAGAUCGCGAGGCACUGAAAGCCGAGCUGGAGGAGCUGAAGCUGAAAGAGACCACGCGCGAGCAGCGGCGUCUGACCUUUGAAGACGGCGAAGGCGUCCUGGCCGAAGACGAGCGGGGGCUCGGCUACGCGAGGAACGAUCGCGACUUCUUCGGCAGCGACGACGACGUGGCCAACGCGAGCGGAGGCGAAGGCAACUUCAAUCGCGAGUUGAACCGACGGCCCCGCAAAAGGCAGAAGACGCGGGCGCAGCCGUCCAAGGUGCGGCUGCCCCAAAACGACAGCCUCGCCGAGAAGAUGCGGCGCAGGAACAUCGAGUUUGAGCUGAGGUAUGGGAGCCAUCGCCACACGACCAAAGCUCUUGAAUCCUUGAGCCGGGAGCAGGAGGAGCUCCUCCAGUUGGUCGUCGCCUGCGCGCUGUACCCAAACAUCGCGCUGCCGGGGGAGAACAACAGCGAGAGGUGCGCGGCCGAAUGCGUCUUCCACACACAGCAGGUCCCUUUCGUGAACCUGCAUCCCUAG